AAUAUAAAUAUAAUAGGCUAAUGAUGUACAUGCCUGAAAACGCCCGAAACAUACGGCAUAUACGAAAGGUUACAGUACUUAUCCAGCACCUUUCAACGCUACGUCAUCUUACAGAACGCCUGAGUAUAUGAAGUACACCGGUUACACCGCAGCUGACAUCAGAUGCGCUCCACGCCUCUUAUGCCGUCCUUGUGGGACACUGGCCAUAUGAAAAAAAAAAAAGAACGAGUGUACCGCUUUUGUUUACAACAGCUGCUGCAGAACCUCCAAGAAUACAACGACGGUAGGCACAAUCGGUAGGAUACAAAGCGGUGGCACUUCACUCACAGGCACUCGUAUUACCAAAGCCUUCACUUUUGGAGAUGUCUCUUUUCCACGCAAAGUUAAUUACAUUGAGGGCAUCACAGGUACCUAGGUUGAUGUGAAGAUUAUUUAUUGGAACCUAGACUUCGGCAAGUUUUUUCAGAGGGACAGUAAAAAGCUAAAGCCCGAAGACUGGAAUUCUUUUAUUGUCGCUUGCUCGUACAUUAUAGAUAGAUGAAAUGGGCCUUGCAUACGCAGUCAAUCGUCUUUUAGGCGUAGUUGUCAUUACAUCGCAGCUUGCGAACGCCGUAAAAAGAGGCAAAGACAGUAUCAAUGAGAAAUGCCUAAAGGAAACAACAGUGGAAGGCUGCGACACCAUCCUCUUAAGCUGGAGCUAUAGCAAUGAAACCAACCAAUGCGAAAAGGGAUUCGUUUGUUAUGAUUGCCCUAACAGAUUUGAUACUCAAGAUGAUUGCACUACCACCUGCCCGAGGAUACCAAUGAAAGUAGCAGAUUCAAAGCUGCGACGAAAACCAAAACGAAGGAACUGCAGAUAUUGGCUUAUGCGUGGUGGAUCCUGCCAAGAUAACUGGUUUGAAUUCAAGAAAAACAGGUCUGGCAAAAUGCACCGACUUCUCUACUACACUGGCUGUGAUGAAGACAAGACGAAGUUAUUUGUGUACGACUUUCAUAGGAGAAGGUGUUAUAAUGUCAGGGAUCCUCAUCCUCGAAACAGUCAACAGAAAAAUGAAGAUGGAUGCACUAAUCGCUCACACAGAAGGCGAGGACGGAGACCCAGCCGUUCGACCAAGAGUAUCGACCGCUGAAACUGACACGCCAAGUGGCCUUACCAAGGCACUCAAACAACACGAGAAAAAACAUGGCGAAUAGAAAAGCCAUAAUACAUCCAGCCGUGCACAAAA